UCAGAAAGUUACCGUUUUAAAUAGAUUGACUGAAUAAUAAAAAAGCUCAGUCAUUGUAAUAAUCAGCAGUUAUCUCAUUUCAUAUUCAAGAGACAUUUGUUUGAAUUCACUAGAACGAAGUCGAGUUAUGUUUCAAAUGUUUAUCAUCGCUUUCUUACUAUACAAGCUAUAUUACCCAAUAGCAAUAUUCAGGAAAAGGGAGAAGUUGCAGUAGAUAUGAAAAAAAUCGCAUUUUCUAAAUCAACAUGAGCUCUAAGAACAAAGAGACUUUGCGUUGUUUGAGGUUACAUUGAUAAGAGAGAGAAUUGAAAGGCAUGUGAGAUUAGAUUACAUCCUGUUAUCAAGAUGAAAUCUACCAGCUUUUAACGGUCACCUCCUGAAAUGAGUCAUAUAUAAGAAUAAGAAAGAGGACAUCACACUCGGGAUUGUACUACACUACAUUCUCUUCCUGCACAACGAUGAGUCAUAACUCAGCACAGCACCACUUACUGUGCCCAUCAUGCCACAUGUGGUAUGACGAAGGCGCCCACACGCCUAAAGAAAUGCCAUGUCGCCACAGUAUUUGUGCCGCUUGUAUCCUGAGCCUUUUAGGAUUCCCUUUACAAAAUGUACAGCCACAGGAACCUCCUAUUCCGGUGGGAAAAGCAUUCCAUUGCUGUGUGUGUCAUAUUGAAGUCAAAACGGAUGUGAUCUAUACCAACAGGGCCUACAUAGCAGAAAUGAGAGGACUACCCAGUGUUGAGGCUUUAAUCAUUGGGGAUCCUUCAAAGCCUGUUGGACAGCAUCAUUAUCCACAUCACCCACAAGUUUAUCCAUCCGCACCCACUCACCCUGUUGCUCCACUUCCCCACCCUGGAGGCUUACCAGGUUUUCCAUAUCCCCAUGGAAUGCCUGGAACACCAAUCCCUCCUCCUCCCGGAGGGCUUCCUCCAAGUGGGCCCACCGCAUUUACCUAUCCAAGGCCUCCACAACCUAUGCCUCCUUACGGAGGGCAUUCCCCUCAUAGUGGGGGUCAUCAUCCACAUCCAAGCCAUCAUCACGCUCAUCAUGGAAGCCACCAUCACGACCAUCCUGGUGGGCAUCACCCUCAUCACGAAGGCCAUCAUCAUGGACAUGACGCUCACCAUGGUCAUCACGCUCAUCAUGAAGGUCAUCACUUCCAUCACGGAAAGAAAGCUAAGAAGCAUAAGCACAAAAAGGAACACAAGAAACACAAGAAGUCAUCGUCGAGUUCGUCAUCAUCAUCAUCAUCAUCCUCGUCUUCCUCUGAUUCAGAGUGAGAGUGAAAACUUGGCUAUAUCUCGGAGAUUGUAAAAGAUAUCUUAAUUCUGUUGUAUUAAGUUCAUUUGGACAGUUUUCAUUUCUGUUGGUCCCUCGUUUUUAUGAAAAAAAUCCUAUAGUCAUCAUAAAAAAUGAUAAUUUAAAUAAAAAAAUUUGAAAAAUUGGAGGUAUCCAUAAAAUCUCUUGUGGUUACUUGGAAUAUUAAGGUGAAUGUUUGUGUCUUCCAAUAAUCUUGUUAAUAACGCAAUUAAUGUUGCAGUUACCGUUAUGUAAAGUCAGAAGGGUCUCUUAUCCCUAAUAUACCAUUUUUUCAUUGUCAGAUAGUCAUGUUACACAAUAUUUCAUGAGUUGUGCAUUAGCUUAAUCGACUUUUUUUACAGAUCCAUAAGAGGAAAGAAGCCAAGAUUCAGAAAUAUUUAAAAAUACCUCAUAUUUGAAAGCACUUUAGAUUAUCUAAGUCAAGGCAAAGUUCUUUAAAUUACUCAAUUGGUAACAGCUGACGUUUAUGGAUGAUUUACAACUAUUUGGCCUGUUUAUACAUUGUAAUAUCAGAGUAUAUUUGACCUGGAAUACAUACCAGUUACGUGAAAUGUUUACUUUACUGGUAAUUUCAAAAAUAUUUCUAGGCCCAAAGAUGGCAGUGUUAUUGCUGUCCAAAGCCAAUAGCAAAAAUUCAUGAUUUGCCUCAAACCUGAACACUCUGCGAGUGCGGAAGGACCGGAAUAAAUCUGAUUUAUAAGUUAAAUUAAUGAUUAAGAUUUGCCGAAUUAUCUUUUUCCUUGCAAGUGUACCAACAAGAUGACAAUGUAAUAUAUGAGUAUUUAAUGAGAUUUGUAAAAUAUAUUUGGCAAACGCUUUCCCUAAUAAGAGAAAAAAGAUUUCAACAAGAGAUAUUUACUGAACAGUAUUUUAGACUUAUGCCCAGUGAAAAAAGGAGAGUUCCUACACCAUGUCUCUAAUAUCUAUAACAAAUGUAACCAUUACACAGCAAUAAAAAAAGAUAUGAAGUCGGCGUCUAAUCUGAUGGCCAAACAACCAGUUAAUAAACUUGAUAUAAUUUAUACAUUUAAUUUUUGUCAGAUAAAUUUUCAAAGUAUUUUCCAUAACUUCUGAUCACAUUUCAUCAUCAUCAACAAUGGUCACUAGAGAAAUCUGCAUGUGACGUCAAAUGACAGCAGUUGUGAAAAAAAAAAAUCGGUACUGUCGUGUUUGGGGGUAAAAUUCCAGAACACUGAAAUACACAACCUUGGCUGUGAGAUUAAAAUAGAUUUCCCCUAACAAAAAUGCUGCUUCGCUCAUUUUGCCAUACGAAUUAUAAAGGGCGAAAACUCAUUUGUGCAUAAUAGUUGUAUAUUUCCAUGAUUUAAAGUCUUAAAGUGACAGAUUAUAAGAUUUCAUAUUUCUCAAAGACAAAAAAAAAAUUUUUCGUUACUUCCAAAUCUGUAACAGUAAAAGGUGAAAAAAUCAGGGGAUAAAAGUAAAGUUUAAUGAAUAUCCUUAUUUCUCUCUUUUUCAAUUGUUUUUUUUUUCCCUUAUCAAGCAAAUGCACUUUCAUUCAAUAAAACCUUGUCAGCGAUUAAAACGAUGUGACAUGCUGCUGACUUGACUUUAACACGGCAGGUAAGCAAUGUUAUUAACACCCAAAUUCUCGUAUUUGGACACUUCAUGUCUUCAUGUUAUGAACAGUUAGAGACAAAAAGAGCUCACUUUAAGUAUAUAUUAUGUAAUUAGAUUGUCUCUGAUUAUGCUCAAACAGUUCUUUAAAUCAAACUGUUGAUCGUAUUUUUCCAGAAAAUAAAUACUGUUUGUUACCAGAAUACUCAUUUGUUACCCAGAGCUAUGUAAUAAAACAGUAAUUAAAAAUGGAAAUGUUCAUAGAAUAUGCACAUGAACAUUUUAUGCAUUUCAUAACAACAAGCAUUUACUGAUAAGUAAGUUACUAUAUGCGUAGUCCAUUACAUUAUGUGCAAGAAUUUUAGUUCUCUUUGUAUUAUGAUUAUCCAUGAAAGAUUCUGGAAACGGAAAGAGUCAGCUCAGGUACGGAAACUGUUAAUCCAGUAUUUUCUUGUGACUAUUUCCGAUAUCCUCUUAUCCCGAGGUAUGGUAUGGGUGCCUUAAAACAUUCCAACCAUUCCAGUUCAACUUUAUCACACUCGUAGAGUAAAUCAAGGCCCUCCUCAUCGCAGCGGAUUAUAGCCCCAUCUAGCAGCCGUAUAUUUUCCGAAAUUUCGCCAUAAAAGGAGGCUUUAGUUUCUAAGCCCCCUCGCGCGCGUUACCACAAGCAGUCCUUUAUAAUUUUGUCAUCAUAGUGAUGAUGCUAAUGUCAACAGAAUUCAUUAUACUUUUAUACCUUCGAAAAAUGCUAGAUUUUAUCACACCAUAUUCAUUCAGAAUAAAUCCAUUUUAUAAAUUUGUUAUAUACCCAUAUCAUAAGACCCUUCAACGCGGAGUCGAAAAGGCAUUUUAGUUUUCUUACUAUCCUCCUAGAUGUUUUCAUAGCCGAAGCAUAUAUGUUUUUUUCUUUUCUUUUUAUAUUAACAAAUUUUAAAGUAAGUUAUGCUAGGUUCUCUCCCGGAGGUCUGAAUUAGUGAGUAAUGAGUGAUGAAGCGACUGGGCUCAUGAGUCCUGUCGAGUUCUGGAGCAAAAAAAAAAGAAAAACAAAAAAACAAAAAAAAACAUCAGUGGUCCAAACACAACCACUAAAUUGAAGAGAUGUCAGGGGUCAAAGAACCUUCGUCGUGGACGAGGGAAUAGGAGCCCUUACAGGACCAGGUCUUUGCGAUGCAAAGGAUUGGAGGGUGGAGCUAAAGACUGUAAUACUUCAGUCCACGCCAAGUCCAUCUCGGCUGUGGUGAAGCCUCUCCUCUAAUCUUCAGAACUUCGUCGAUUUGACAUUGUUAUCUCUUCCAUAGUCAAUCUACAAAUGUUGUUUCAUGAGAAGUUUAGAUGAGGAUUUACAAUAAUUUUAGCUUGGUUGUCCAAAUGGCAUAUUUGGGCAAAUCCGGUAAUUUGCAUAAUUCAAGAUGACCUCCAAGCACUAGCUUGGAAUAACUGAAUUUAAUUACUGUGUGGCAUCGUGAUUUCAAAGGUCAUGGGUACCGAAAAAAAUGAAGACAGGAGACUUUGGGAAGCAAUACGAAGAUUAGAAGGGAAAGCUCUCAUUAUGGUGUUUCUUUUACAGAAUCUAUUAAAUAUGCUAUUCAUCCAAAUACAUCUUCUUCCAGUCUACUACACCUGUUUUCCCUUCUAAUCUUCGUAUUGCUUCCCAAAGUCUCCUGUCUUCAUUUUUUUCGGUACCCAUGACCUUUGAAAUCACGAUGCCACACAGUAAUUAAAUUCAGUUAUUCCAUUUACAGUUCAUUCUUAUGUGAUAGAGGCUGGGUAAAAGCUAAAUAUGACUUGGAUAACCAACAAAUAAAAAUGACACUUAACAUUUAUGAUUCACUUUAAUCACAUUUAUUUUGUUGAAAGGUAUCAGUAGGUGGUUACAUGUGCGACUUGGAAUGCUAGGUAAAUCCAGUUAUUAAAGAAUUAUACAUUUUGAAGAUAUGCAA